GCAAGCCUGCGACCCCGUGGCGGUGUUGCCUCCUCCGUCCAACUCCGGCAGCUUCUCCCGCCGGGCGCUCCCCGCCUUCCUCUCCUUCAUAGGCCCCGCCACGACCGAACUCCCAUCCCAUGGGGGCUUCCGAGUCUCUCCCGGCCAGGCAGCCGCCGCAGCAGCAGCGACCGCAGUGGGCGGACGAGAUCACGACGGUAUCCGACGGCCGGCGCGACGCCGCGAACGAAGACCCUCUCCUCCGCCGCAUCCGGUCACUUACCAUCGCCCCGCCGCUGUUGAGCGGUCAGCCAGCGGCGGGCUCGGAGACGGAGACCAGCUUCACUGAUAUUCUUGUACGGAAACCCUCCGGCUCCUCCUCGGCGGCCUCUGGCAAUUUGAGUCCAAAUCUGAUGUUUGAGCUUUUCGCUAUGUACCGUGAAUGGCAAGAAGAGAUGGCCAAGGAAAUCAGUGGAAGACAGGGAGAGCUAGAAAAUAAGAUAGAAACGGCAGAUGCAUUGGCUGUUAAACUUCUCCAGCGGUUCAAUUACUCUGUUUCUUCGAUGAGAUCAACCUCUCACAAUCUUGCUGAAGUUCAUCCACUGCAGGUGGAAGUUGGUGAAUUGAAGGGCAGGUUAACUGAAGUAAUAAGUAACUGUGAUGCAUUGUGCAAGAGGAUUACUGCAGAAGGGCCAGAAAGUUUGCGAACGUCCGUUGAACCUUUCACCACUGGCAUACUGGGGACGGGAGGUGGAUCCCCUGGCCCAAAAGAGCAACCCUGAGGACACUAAUAUGCCUGAUUGUCUGAACUGCUGGUGACAUAAAAGGCACUGCAGGGAACUACAUAGUUACUCCCUCCGUUCGGAAUUACUUGUCUCGGAAAUGGAUGUAUGUAGAACGUACAUCCAUUUCCGAGACAAGUAAUUCCGAACGGAGGGAGUACUACGGAGGAUGUCGAUCAGAACGAUGUGCCAUGGGACAUACUUCCUCCGUCCGUAAAUAGUGUUAGAUACAUCUGUUUGAGCGACAACUAAUUCUGGAUAGAGGGAGUACUCUUUUCUAGAUUGAUUGGAUUAUUGGUUUCCUUUUGUUGGAGUUCAUUCUCUCCUCUUGUAGUGCUUAACUUCCCUUGUGCGCGCGCGUGCGCGUUUAGUGCAAAAACUUCCUACAUUUGUUUA